AUGUCUCACAGGAAGUUUGAACGCCCCCGCCACGGCUCACUGGGGUUCGCUCCUCGGAAGCGCUGCCGCAGGCAUAGGGGAAAGGUAAAGGCUUUCCCCAAAGAUGACGCUUCCAAGCCUCCUCAUCUUACUGCCUUCAUGGGCUACAAGGCCGGCAUGACGCACAUUGUUCGGGAGGUUGAGCGCCCAGGAUCUAAGCUACACAAGAAGGAAGUUGUCGAGGCCGUGACCAUCGUCGAGACUCCGCCAAUGAUGUGUGUUGGUGUUGUCGGCUAUAUCGAAACGCCUCGCGGGCUGCGCGCUCUUUCAACGGUUUGGGCUGCUCACCUCUCCGAGGAAUGCAGGAGGCGCUUCUAUAAGAACUGGUACAAGAGCAAGAAGAAAGCCUUUACCCGUUAUGCAAAACGCUAUCCUGAAAACAACAAAAUGUGCGAGGAGAUUGCAACGAUCAAGAAACGGUGCUCAGUUGUCAGGGCCAUCUGCCACACACAGCCUAACAAGACUCCCGUCGGUCUCAAGAAGGCUCACAUCAUGGAAAUCCAAGUGAAUGGAGGAUCCGUUUGUGAAAAGGUCGACUUCGUGACCAGAAUGUUCGAGUCUCCGGUUUCCGUCAGCGCCGUUUUCGAACAGAACGAAAUGCUGGACGUGAUCGGCGUGACAAAAGGUCAUGGAGUAAAGGGCGUUGUGUCUCGUUUCGGGGUAACUCGUCUGCCUCGCAAGACGCACAGAGGGCUGAGGAAGGUCGCUUGCAUUGGUGCCUGGCAUCCAGCCCGUGUGCAGUUCCAGGUGCCUCGCCACGGUCAGAAGGGUUACUUCCACAGGACAGAACUGAACAAGAAGGUCUACAGGAUUGGUAGUGGCGCUGACCCGCGCAAUGGCUCCACUGAUGCUGAUAUCACCGAGAAGAGGAUCACACCCAUGGGUGGUUUCCCACAUUACGGCGAAGUUAAGAACGACUUCAUCAUGAUUAAGGGAUGCAUUGUUGGGAGCAAGAAGAGGCCUAUUACUCUGAGGAAGACUCUCGUGCCGCGUACUUCGCGCAGGGCUCUUGAAACCAUCAAUCUGAAAUUCAUCGACACGUCUUCCAAGUGGGGUCAUGGGCGCUUCCAAACAUCUGAGGAAAAGGCUAAGUUUUAUGGAAUACUCAAGAAGAAUGCCGCUUCGUCAGCGAGGCAAGGCCAAAUCAAGCAUUAG